AUGAGUGGUGUCAAUUAUGAUGUAAAAUUAAACGAAUGUUUAAGUAUAUUUUUCCCUCAAAAUAUAGCAACAAUUAAUCCAGAUACAAAAUAUUAUUUAUAUGGUUUUUCAAAUGAUAACAUAUAUAUUAUUGUCCACAUUACAGAUAAAUAUAUAGAAAACUUUAAAUUAAAAAAGAAACAUGAAAAAUAUUCAGAAUGGAAAAUUUUCAGAAUUGUAGGUGAACUUACUUUUAUUGAGAAUUUCAAUGAAUUAAAUAAAAACAUGUGCACUACAAAAAAUGAAGACAAUAAUAAAGUGAAUUAUCUGUAUCUCAUUUAUUAUAAUAAUAUACCUAUAUUUAAAAAAAAAAGUGGAAAUGAACAAAACAUAAGUGCGCUAUUUAUUUUAUAUGAUGUAAAAAAGUAUGUGUAUAAUAUGGUUCAUGAUCACGUAAAUACAUUAGUCCUAGAAGCUUUUAGAAGAGAAGACAUAAUAAAAAAAAUAAAAGUAAAAGAAAAACAAAAUAAUAAUGAUAAAAAUAAAGAAAGUAAUAUUGAAAAAGAUAAAAAUGAACAAACCAAAUUUACAGAUAUAUAUGAUACAAAUAGUAAGAGUGACAAAGAUAUACAAAAGAAUAAUAUGAACGAUGGUGAUAGUAAUAAUAAAAAUAGUAGUUUAUUUAUUGAUCCUUUUGAAAGUGAUUCAUAUGAAAAGAAUAAUUUUAGUAAUGAAAAAUGUGCUUUGCAAAAUGUCGAUAAAUCAAAAAAAGAUAAAGAACAUAUAUAUUCUGAAAAUAUUACUCCUAGUAGUAGUAAUAAUAAUAAUGAUAAUAAUAAAGAAAAUGAUUGUGAUAAGGAACAAUUAGAUAAAUAUAAUAAAGAUAAAGAAAAUAAAUUAAAAUUAAAUGAUAAGGAUGAAUAUAUUUCUUUCAAUUUUAUUGAAGAUAAAUUAACCGAAUCAUUUCAUAUGAAUCAAAUAAUUCAUUUAAUUAAUAAAAAAUGUGUAUUUACCAAAUGCCUAGAAAAUUAUGAAAAUAGAUAUUUUGUACUGAAAAAAGAAGAGAUUUUAAAAAAAAAAAAAAAGCAAAAAAAAAUGUCUAUAUUUUCAUAUAUUGUAUCAAUCAUAUUAUUUUUUACAUAUAUCAUAUCACUUAUAAAUAGUUGUUUAUAUUAUGUAAUAUGUACACCAAAAUUGUUCAGUGAAUAUAUAUUUUCAAAAAAAAAAAUUAAUACAUUUAUAUUAAUAAAACAUAAAUUUAUAUUUCAUUCUGAAUGGCAUAAUAUAUUCCGCAGCUUCAUGAAAAAUAAACAAAACCCAUCUGAAUAUUAUAAAUAUAGAGAAAUCUUAUUAAUUCGUAUUAUCAAUUUAAUAAUCGAUAUUUUCUUGGGAUUUCUGAUAUUUUUAUUACUUUAUUUUAAUGUAAUAAACCUACAUUAUAUAUCAGAGAAGGCUCAAAUAUUUUAUGGAACCAGUACUUUAACUUCUAUCUUGGGUACCUUGUUACAGAAUCCAUUAGGAUUUAAAUUAAAUAAUAAUUUUACGUCUUUCAUUGGUAGCAUCCUUGUUUCGAUAUUAGACAAAUGGGAUUUAUUUACAAAUACCAUCCCUGUGAAUAAUAGUACAGUUUUGAAUUUUGUUGGAUAUACAUCACUGCUGGGUUUUUCUUUUUUUUUGUCUUUUGUUAUUGAUUAUUUGAGAUUCGUAACAGCACAUGUUACCAUUAUUUAUUUAUUUUUGAAAAAAAUAUGUACCCUUUUUCAUAAAAAUAUGUAUUCCUUAUACCUAUUAUUCAAUGGGAAAAAAUGGAACAUACUAAAACUAAGAGUUGAUACAAAUUACUACUCAAAUGAAGAAGUACUUUUAGGAACCAUAUUAUUUACCAUUUUAAUUUUUUUGUACCCUACCAUUUUUGUUCUUGUUUUGGUUUUUGGUCUUAUAUAUCUUAUAAUAAAUAGAAUUAUAUACCUUUUGUGUGUUAUGGAGAAAAUAAUUUUGUACACCCCUUUCUAUAUUUUCUUUAUUCAACCGAAUUGUAAUAAAUAUAUUAGUAAGGGUUUCAAGUUUACAAAAUAUGAAGUUGGGGAACAUGAACUGUUAAAAAGGUAUCCGACUAACAGCUACUUGUUGCUAGAAAAUAUUCAUUUUUUAUUUUUUGAUAAAAUAAAAUUGUUUAUAAAUAUUUUCCUUUAUUUUAAAAACCUCGAGUGA